AUGUCACAGACCAUCACUGCAACGAGCGGCCCAGCACGCACGUCUGCUGCGCCUGGCGUCUUCGAGCUACACACUCUGGGUGGUGCUGGAAAUUCACGGAAGGGUCGAAAAGUCGACUCUGCCAGCUUUCAAGAGGAAGGUUUAAUCUCGCCCGGUAGUCAGAAUGGAGGCGACAGUGUGCCGCCUCCGGAUGCGCAGAAUGUUGUGGAACGAUGGAACUAUCCUCGUGGCAAUAUCAAGAAAAUGGCCUUCGCGUUUCUGUCCUUCUUCGUCGUCGGCAUGAAUGACGCCGCUAUUGGACCUUUGCUGCCAUAUCUCGAAGACUAUUACGGUCUUGGAAAGACUGUCAUUUCGCUCAUUUUCUUAACGCCUGUUAUCGGGUACUCGCUGGCCGCGAUCUCGAUUGCACGCAUCCACGUCAAAUUUGGGCAGCGCGGAAUCGCUAUCAUGGCGCCGCUGUGCCACAUCGUCACAUAUGCGGUCCUUUCGUCACACCCACCUUAUCCCGCAUUGAUCGUUGUGAACGCUAUCAGUGGGUUUGGGAACGGAUUGCUUGACGCCUGUUUCUGUGCGUGGGUCGGUGCGAUGGGCAAGGGAAAUACUAUUCAGGGGUUCUUGCAUGCGUGCUAUUCUCUCGGAGCGCUAUUCUCGCCGCUCAUCGCUACGAAUAUGGUUGUGAAAGCCGAAGUUCCAUGGUUCAAUUUCUACUACAUCAUGGUAGGCUUGUCAGCGAUUGAGCUCUGUGGGCUCUCGUUCUGCUUCUGGGACAAGACAGGCAGCGCAUAUCAAGCUGAGCACAGGCGAGAAAAUCCUGAAGCAACUGGUGCUGGCACUCGCGAAGCUAUCAAGUCCCCCGUAACAUGGCUGUGUGCGCUGUUCAUUUUCGGCUACAUGGGUGUGGAAGUUGGACUGGGAGGCUGGGUAGUCACGUUCAUGCUUAAUGUUCGCCACGCUUCCGCCUACGCUUCUGGUAUUUCUGGAACAGGUUUCUGGGCUGGCAUGGCCCUUGGACGUGCCACCCUCGGCUUUGUGACGGAGCGGUUCGGCGAACGUCUGUGCCUGGCCAUCUACUUGGCAAUCUGUCUGGGCCUGGAGCUUCUAUUCUGGCUUGUUCCUGACUUUAUCGUUUCCGCCGUGGCAGUGGCAUUUUUGGGAUUCUUCCUGGGGCCUAUGUUCCCUGGCGCAGUCAUGAUAACGGCGAAACUGCUUCCUAAGAGAAUCCAUGUAAGCGCAAUUGGCUUCGCAAUGAGCAUGGGAGCCACGGGCAGUGCUGUACUCCCAUUUAUCAUCGGUGUUGUCGCGUCCAAGAAAGGGGUCACUGUUUUACAGCCAAUUAUCUUGGCACUGAUCGCAGUUAUUGCUUUGGUGUGGCUGAGCUUCCCGCGUGCUAGGAAACGCGAUUGA